AUGGCUGGUGGAGGCGGAAAAGUGGAUUACGUCUUCAAAGUCGUACUGAUCGGAGACUCUGCGGUUGGGAAGUCGCAGCUACUCGCUCGGUUCACUCGCGACGAAUUCAGUAUGGAUUCUAAAGCCACCAUUGGUGUCGAGUUCCAGACUCGAACGCUCGUCAUCAGCGAGAAGAGCAUCAAGGCUCAGAUCUGGGAUACCGCCGGCCAGGAACGGUACCAAUACCUCUACCUUUCUCCGGUCAGAUUAAUUUUGCUGGAAAAAUCGACGAGUAGUUCUUAUGAUUCGCUGCUGUUAUCGGAUCUGCGUAGUAUUACCUGA